CACUUUCACCAGAACAGCUCCUGCUGCUGCUCUCCAGAGGAGUUGUACGUUAAGGCGAGGUCUUUCGUGCAAUGCUGUUCUUGUAGCAAGUUAAGAAGUAUAGCUUUUACCUUGUCCAUAUACAAAUGGAUUCCGGUGCAGAGAGAGCGGACCCUGGGGACAGCGAGCAGGAUGAAGAAGAGGAUGUAUACGAAGUGGAAAGGAUUAUUGACAUGCGAGUGGAAGAUGGAGAGGUGCUAUACCGUGUGCGGUGGAAGAACUAUUCAUCAGAUGAUGAUACCUGGGAGCCCAAAGCUCACCUGGAGGACUGUAGUGAGGUGCUGCUGGCCUACGAGAGGUCUCUGGCUGAGAAAAAACUUAAGAAAGACUCCAGUAUGCUGCCUAUGAAGAGCGACCUAUUUGAUGCAAACUCUGAGAGUGACAGCGAUAAAGAUAGACCAAAAGAGUCACCUAGUAAGAAAAAGAAAAAAAAGAAGAAACACGCAGAGGACUCGGAGGACGAGAAGUCUGAGAAGGACAAGAAGAAAAAGAAAAAGAAGGAGAAAUGGAAGGAGGACAAACCAUUGCCUGCUCCCGAGUCUGAUGAAGAGGAGGACAGGGCUCCUACUCCACCACCUUCUAAGAAAGAGAAGGCCACAGAUUCCAAGAAGCGAGCUAUUGAAAAGGAAGAGGAUGAUAAUGAUGAUGCUCCUGCAAAGAAACAGAAAAAAGAAAACAAAGCUAAAGAUGGAGGGAAGCAAAAGAAAGAAAAUGUUGAUGAAAGGAAGAAAAAAAAGGUUAAGUCAAAAAAAGAGAUUGAGACUUCAGAAGAUGAGACAGACAAGAGUGACGCACCAUCAGAAUUAUACACCGAUGACACUUCUUCAACAGGCAACCUGAGUAUCACAGCAAAACCUACACCUCCAAAAACCACAGAGAAAUCCACUCGGAGUGAAAGUGGGAGUGACCAUUCCAAGGCAAAACAGAAGAAGAACAAACCUGAACUGAAGCUGCAAGGUUUCAGAGACUUGGCUCAGGACAAGAACCCUAAAAAGACAGACAGUUCAGUUCUGCUGCUCAAAGAGAGUGGCCUAAAUAAGUUGAAGAGCCUGGCUAGCAGUAAGAGCAGCAGCAAGUCGUCUCGCAGUGAGGAUGAGCUUGACUCCAGUGAACCGGGGGCCACAGCAAAAGCAAAAAACAAGGCUAAAGGUCCGGACUCCAACUCUACUCCUCAAAAGGAUUCAUCUGUAUCUUCCUCCUCUUCAUCCUCUACAGUCUUAGCUGCUCCCACCAAGCCAAGAGAAGAGGAGCUGAAGGAGCCAAAGGAAGAAGCUGGAGAGAAGGGUGCUCCUAAUCUCUUUGAGAAGUUUUUGCUCAACUGUGAGGCCAAGGAUCGUGUGCCUAGGAAACAGGCAGCUCACACAACACCAAAGGUACAGAAUUCAGUGAAGACUGACAAAAAAGCGAGAAAGGAGUCUCCAGUGCAAAAGCCUGAGUUUGACAACGCUGAAAAGGCAAAGGAGGGCACUAUUGCUGUGGAGAUGACUGAUGAAAGACAGGAAAAGACCACACAGGAGUCAGAGAAGAGUGACAAGUCAAAUGAACCUGUGGCCAAGACAAAGGAUGAUCUACAGCGUGAACAGAAAGAAGAAGAGCAGCGAAGAAGGAAAGAAAGGCUUGAGGAGGAGGAGAAAAAGAGGAAAGAGAGGCUCGAGGAGUCCCAGAGAGAACGGAAGGUGAGGAUGGAAGAGACACAGAGAGAGAGACAGAGAAUGGCAGAGGAGGCCCGGUUAGAUCGGCUGGACAGGAGGUCUGUGAUGGAGGCUAUGGCAUCUGCUGAGACUACUGAAGACUUGAGGUGGAAGGAGAGGAGAAGGAAGAGGCGGGAAGACAGUGAGUCUCGCCUCCUUAUCACCUGCGAUGACAAUCGGGAUUCUCAGGACCCCCUGGAACGCUCUGAUAAAACGCCUGACAGGGGCCCUCCUUCUCUCAAUCUUGGAGUUGAGCUGAAGCUAGACUGGAUGACACUGGAAGACUUUCAAAAACACUUGAAUGGAGAGGAUGAGAAUCUCUCCCCGCUAGCCUUAACUCCCACUGAGUUGCGGGAUGCCGUAAAAAAUGGGAAUUAUAUGGCUGUGAAACGUGCACUCAGUUCCAAAGAGGACUAUAAUCUGGACCAGGAGGACUCCAGUGGUAUGUCUCUGUCCAUGCUGGCUGCCGCAGGUGGACAGGAUGAUAUCCUCCGGCUGCUGAUUAAGAAAGGAGUGAAGGUUAAUGGGCGGCAGAAGAACGGCACCACAGCCCUUAUGCAUGCUGCUGAGAAGAAUUUCCUCACCACUGUGGCCAUUCUUCUCGAGGCAGGAUCUUGCUUAAAUGCUCAGACACUGGGUGGGGAGACAGCUCUUAUGAAGGCAUGUAGAAGAGGAAAUGCAGAUGUAGUGCGCCUCCUGCUGGAGUAUGGAGCUGACUGCAACAUCCUCUCCAAGCACAAGACAACAGCCUUGCACUUUGCCAAGCUCAGCAACAACAUGAUUGUGUAUGACCUCAUCAAAGACCACAUCCAGACGUUAUCAACAGUGGCAGAGGAGACAAUCAGAGCGUAUUUUGAGACGCGGUUGGCUCUGCUUGAGCCUGUGUUUCCACUGGCCUGCCAUCGCCUAUGCGAAGGACCAGACUUCUCACUGGAAUUCAGUUACAAACCCCCACAGCACACACCUGGAGAGGGAUCUGGUAUCCUUCUCUUCAUCUUCCAUGCUAACUUCAUGACCGAGAUCACAGCCAGGCUCUGUGGGCCCUGUAGCGUCCAUGCUGUCAUCCUUAAUGACAAGUUCCAGCUGCCUAUCUUCCUUGAUAGCCACUUUAUUUAUUCCUUCAGCCCUGUUCAAGGAGCCAACAAACUCUUUAUUCGCCUAGCCGAGUCACCCACAGCUAAGGUUAAACUUCUCAUUGGUGCAUAUAGAGUCCAGCUACAAUGAUGCCCAGCCUUCCCUUCAAGGUCAAAGUUCAGCAGAGAAUCUUUACCAUGCUAAGAGCCAAGAGUAAUUUCCCAAACCUGUCAUCCGUGUGUCACUAGACAUGCCAAGAAGAAGAGAUGGUUCAUGUUCAGUUUAAUGGCUUGGAAAUGAAGGCCCAAAUACACUAGCCAGACUUUCAUAGCAGACAUUGGAGUGUGACUCCAGGAUACACAUUCAUCAAAGUGUUUUAUGAGUUUUACAGGAUGUCUGUUUUUGUUGAUUUUUUUUUUUUUUUUUUUUUUUUUUUUUUUUUUUUAGCCUGUACUUCCAGACGUAGUCAAAACAAGUGGGAGGGAUUGGCAUUUGUAAAGGCUCAUUUGUAAAUCUUGUUUGUAAAGGUUUUUCUUGUUUUAAAUACAAUAAUUUAUCACUCCAGAUUUACCCAUAGUUCUUUUAUGUUUUUGUCUUAUCACCUUGUACUUGCCUUGUGUGUGUGUGUGAGCGUGCAUGUGUGUCUGAAAGACUUAGACUUGUGUGAAAUAGAGAGCAGGUGUCACUUGUUCUUGCUACUGGGUUUUGUUUUUUGUGGGACCAAGAUGAUACUGGACCUUUUAAACACCAUAGUUAAUUCCCUGCUGAUUGCUUUCCCAAUUGGCUGUUUUACGCCAAACUUAGAUCUCUGGGGUAAACUGAGUGUAGGAUGAUUUGUGUAGAAAAUGUACUAUAUCUAUGAAUUUUGGGUUUGUUCAGCAGUACAGGGGAAGUAUUGUCCAAGCAUAUGUGUGUGUUGGGCAUGUCUGUUCUAAGGGCUAGUAUUUGCUCAGAGGCUGGUGGAACCAAGUCUGAUAAUGCCUUUUGUUUAGGACUGAACAUCUUGCCUCCAUCCCUCAUUAGGCUUGUAAUGACCCUUUGUAUUAAUUGAUGGAUUAAUGCUCAUACACCUUUUUCAGUGUAUUUGGUUGGCUGUUUCAACACUGCUACCUUUUUAUUGGGGUUGUAUGACUAGUUACGUUGGCAGCUGAAAUGAAUGGAGAGAAUCUAAUCUAUCGGCAGAGAUAACUGUCACAUGAUUUUGUUUUUCACAGCCAAUGAUGAUCAAUAUAGAUUAAGAUCAAGAUUAGACUGAGUCAUAUUGGGAAUUUACAACCAGGAGUGAGUUACUAUCCUAGAGAUUCUUCUGGAAACAGUGUGCUGGACAACAUGGUUUUUAAUUUAUUUUCCCCUGACUGUUAAGAGUAACUUUAUGACUGUUUUUGUUUGCUGCCUUACUGUGUGGUAAAUUGAAGAGUAAGAGAAUGCAUACAGCUUGGCUUCCUCUUCAAAUAAACUGUACAUAUCUUUCCAUAACUUUUGGAGAAAAAAAAAAAAAAAAAGGUUGUUAACAUUGUAUUUUUUUAAAGGCCCUAUCAUCAUUUAGUGAUGC